CAACAUACUACCUGCCGAGAUGGUGCACGAGAUAUUCUUCUGGAUUGACGAGGAGGACUCAAGGAUGGCGUGGGAUCUGAGCACAGUUUGCCAGUUGUGGUGCGCCAUAGCGCGCGGAAUGCCGAGGUUGUGGUCCAAGCUUGCCUCCCCGGACAUUGUGCGACCGUGGCUCGAGCGCGCCAACCUCCUCAACAUCGAGAUAUACAUUGUGUUAUCUACUACCAACGUCCCCCUUCCCACUCCCAACAUCUGGUCCCCUCGCACGGGGGCUGGAUAG